CCAAGCUUGCUUUACAAGAGAUAUGACCCAUACCAGAUUUUGACUUUGAACGGGUUUUCGGGCAGUGAACAGGGGUCCUACUGACGUAUUGCCGGAUAUGAGGUACAUAUUCCUUUGCGGGCUUCAUGUUUUCCUGCAGAGCUCCUCUGGACCGACGAGACAUACUCUCCAAAAAAUCGCCACGGAAAAGCCCGACAGGGGGGGCAGGGAAAACCGCUCAGGCUCUCUCUUUUCUAUGGUUGCUGUUUCCCAGCGAGAAGAUAUUCCCAGCAGAACAAUCAGUGUGCGCGCCGCCCACGAACCCGCCUGCCGUAUUCAGACCACAAACCUCACCUCCCACCACGUACGUACUCGUUAUAUUCCUUACCCAAAGGCUAGGGAUCCUCGUGUCGCGCGCGUGUGCGUAUGCAACACACACAUGUUACAAAUGCUAGGAAGCCCCGUCCUUUACCCGUCAGUCCCGUUCCCCCCAAAUCAUAUAAUCCAUUCCCGUUGCAGAAACUACGGAAAGGGCCAUUCCAUUGGGGCGCGGGGAGGAGAGCGGGAAGCCAUUGCAGGGGGGGAAGAGAGGAGGAGGGGGGCCUGAAUAACAGGCCGCAUGCCUAAAGUACCUACUCUACUCCGUAACCGCGAGUGGCCUGAUUCGGCAGGACGUACUCUGUAUUUACGUGCAAAAUGAAUGCAUGAGAUCUUGGCCUGGGUUGGGUUUUCCCUCGGCAAUAAUUUGACACCAACCACCAACCACCACCAAAACCCUCGCCCUUGAUCUAUGGAUAAGAAAUGUUAGUUGGAUUGUAUCCGACGGGUGACGAGGCAACGCCCGGCGGAGCAAUUUUAGGUUCGGUGGCGUGCGUUCUAUAUACAUUAUCGGCAUGUCGUCGAAAUUGCAUUUUUGAGUGCCCGAGUAUGGAAGCAGGUACACGAGUUGAGUCGAGGAAAGAGAGGUAAUUUUUUUUUUUGGCAAUGACACCACGCCCGCUUCGUCCCAACUUGACUGUUUGGAGCAGCUCAAUGGGGAACGGGGCGGGGGGUGGUAUGCAGCAUUAUGAGCCGGAAACCCAUGGGGGUG